UUAUGUGUAACAGUGGUAAGAGGCGCACGCUUGGUUUCGAGAGCUUGACCAGGAUUCUCAAGAAACUUGCUCAAGAAGCUACCUUACCAGCCAAGGAUCCGAACAAUGCAAUUCGAAUAGUGAAGAAGCUAAAACCUGUGAUUAAAAAUGCAUUAACACUCAUAAACGAACAUCCAUUUCAUGCCCCCGUUGUUGCUCAUAACAUCGCCAGUGUCACACGCAAGCUAAAUAUUCCAUCUUCUGUCAGAUGUGCGACUUGCGGAGGUACCUGUAUUGCUGUGCACACUGAAUUCGUGCAAUGUGUGCCUCAAACGUUGCAAUAUCUUACCCCUAAAGGGAUUAUGCAAUUGCAAACGGUAUACUCCGGCUGCCGCAACCAAAAGCUUGAUUCAAUACUGAAACAGAUAGAUUUAAAAGCGCUUACUUCAAUCUAUCUAGCACUGUUACAUAAUGUCGACUGGAAGACAGAAUUUGAAGCAAAUGUAUUCAGGAUUAUAUCAAGGAAUAGGGUCCAACAAUCAUUGGGAACUUCGGAUCGUUCAGCCGAAUGUAAUUCCACUAAUGAUAUAUUAGAAGAUUUUGGUCGUUGGUAUGAUGAAAUAAGUGCUGUGUCCCAUGAUAGUGUUGUAAAUGGUCCUCACUUUGAUGUAUAUAUCCGAGAUAUAUGUGACGCAGUAGUGAAUGUUAACAAGGCCGGACCGAGUAAACAGUUGAUAUUCUAUUUUGCAUAUGUAGCGUUGCAGCAAAUAAACUUAGAAAACGUUACUUCAGAAGAAGUAAAAAGUAUUUGCAGGAUAUUACACCAUUUUCACAUAUGCCACUACCCAGCCAAAACCGUGGAACAUGUCAUUAGGAAGCUAGUAAGACACUGUUCACAUCUUAUGAACUUCAAGGAUAUAUCAUGUAUACUUCCAAUGAUUGAUGUAAAUGAUCUAUCUUUACUGAAGGCCAUUGUAAAAAGAAUUGAUGAUAUAUUGGACAAUUACGAGUCAUCAGAUUCGUACGACCCUACAGGUGUCUCAGUUAUAGUCAAACAAUUAGGACGCAUUAUCAAGCGUUACUAUAAAGAUCUUGCUGUUCAAACGGCUAUUAACUGCGUCGACCAAUUUGUAAGAUUCAUCACGAGGCGUUCUGCAGGUCCCUAUGAUCCCCAAACGUUAUCAGCGUCCGUCACAAUAUUAUCUACCCUGCAGAGUCUGCUGUAUCUUCCAGAAUUAUUGGAUCUAUUUAUCAAUCUGUUAACACUCUUGACAUUACGACUUGAUGACUUUUUCCAUACCACGAAUACUUAUAACGCUACUGAGUUGUUAAACAUAAUGGCACCUAUUUGCGAAACGUAUAAUGGUUACAACGAGACUGUCAAUGUUAAAAACGUAGAUUGGUAUCAAAAUGCCAGGUUAAAGACAAUUGUGAAUGCAAAUCAUCUCAAAAAGCUUAUAUCGCACCAUUCGACGGUAUACCAAAGUUUACUCAGUACGUUUGGAGAUAAGGAUAGUAAUGACGAACCUAGGAUCCGUGAUCUUUGUAGAUUUCUGGAAAUAUACCGUAAACAUAGUCUCCAUAGGAUACACGUAUUAAGUGAAGAUUUUAAUGCCGCAAUACACGACCUCCUUUUGCUGCAUCACCAAAGUUUGAAGCUGAUCGACGCUGUAGAGCUAACAGCGUAUUUAUCGCAUAUGAGUAAUAACCAAGGCUCGUUAAAUAAUAUAAUCACGCAAAUUGACGAUAGGGUAAAGAACUGUACAAACGUGGAUGAGCUAUUAUACCGACGUGUCAAAGCAUUAUCGGCAACAUACCCAAAAUAACAA